AUGGACCACACCUUCAUACUAAACAAGUUCAACGAACUCAUCCAAUCCGGCAUCGUGCUUUAUGACGAGGAUCAAAGGAUUGUCGAACACGUUGAGGGAGAUCUCAAGUACCAAUUCUGCGUAACAUCAGCUCUGUCUAGGAAGCCAACAUUUCAAUCACCCCAGCCGGAGUCAAACGAGCCUUCCGAGAAGACUCGCCAGCCCGGGAGCGAUAUCAGCACCGCCGGCUUUGAAAUUGGCCCGGUGGGCGAUGCCCACCAGCUCGUGGCCAACAAGUUCUGCUGGGCCAACCCGCAUUUCCUGCUCGUCACCGCGGAUGCGGGCCAGCGUCAGUAUCAACGUCUGCACGAGACCGAUCUCCAUGCAAUGUGGUCCGUUUUGACGACCAUGAACUCGGACUACGUCGCUUUUUUCAAUUGUGGCCAAGAUGGCGGCUGCAGUCGAAUGCACAAGCAUAUGCAGUUGAUCCCCACGCCGCCCGGCACGUUGGCAUCGUUCCUUGACGGCGACGAGGGUAGUUCCGAGCCAGUGGUCCCGUUCUAUUGGUUCUAUCACAGAUUCACAUCGUCGGACGUCAAGGUGGAAGACCUGCAGGAGAUAUAUACCAGGCUCCUGGAGCAGGCCACCUCGGUAGGCGAUGGACUCUCUGAGCAUGCGCAAGAGGCCCCGCCAGAUGCCGCAUGUCCUCACAAUGUCAUCAUGUCUAGACGGUGGAUGAUUGUGAUUCCGAGGCGGCGAGCAGCCUUGAGCAAGGCGAUAGCCACGAAUGCUUUGGGUAUGCUUGGGUAUUUCGCCGUUGCGACGCAGGGCGAGGUGUACGAAUGGAAACAGGUGGGCGUGACGGGAACUCUUGAGAAGUUUGGUGUGUCCAAACGAUCAGAUCACUGA